UAGGAUGCCUACCUACCCAAUCUACAAAUCUUCAUUUGCAAGAUGAAGUCCAUCAUCGGCUGCUUCAUUCUUUUGAAGUUUUUAGAAAAUAUUUUUGCGCAAGAUGUUGACCUGGGUGAAAAGCUGGAGGACGUCUCACUUGCCAGAACAUUCACUCCAGGUGUAUGCGGUGGAGGACAAAGCUCAAUAUGUGCGUCAUGCACAUCGCUCUCCCUUUGUAUUUCUGCCAGUAUUGUAGUCGAUGUGCCUUGUAACUCAACCACAUAUCCUUACUGUAUCCCAGGAGAGGUUGAAGCAAGAUGCUCUACAGAACCUACGUCUGGUUGUGCUCCAGCGUCGGACGAAAUCGUUGCCAUCACGUGUUCUUCUGUUGGCGUUCUACCAGAUCCUUCAAACUGCAACAUUUACCACGUUUGCCGAACGGUGCAAGGCAUCUCGGAUGUCUAUCAAUGCCCAACCGGAACGAGAUUCAAUCUUCGAGUUCGGCAGUGUCGAGCUCGUAGGGUAACGCCUUGUGUGACAGUCACUUGUGGUGCCACCAGUGGAUUCGUGUAUUACGGAACUUCAAGCCAAUACUACGCUUACUGUUUGGUAGCAAACGGUGUAACAAGUCGCUACAUAUUCAAAUGCCCGUAUCGUGCAUCAUUCAACAUGAGCGCCAAGUCUUGUAUUUAUCGUUGCACCGGUGUUGGAAACUUUGUAAAUACGAAUGAUCCGACAACGUUCUACCAGUGUUAUGUGGCAAAUGGGCGCCUUGUUGCUGCUUUGAGAUCGUGUCCAGUAGGAACAAAUACCUUCAAUCAGACACUACAGUAUUGUGUCUAGCAUUUAAUCUAAGCUCA